CUUCACCCAGGGACAGCCUUGCAGGACUCUGACUCUUCGUCAACUUCGCGGCGUGGUUGAAGAUGAGGCAAUAAAGCAGUCCUCCAAUCACUGUGCAUACCUGAUUAACAUUCUGGUGAUUCGGCGCAAAAUUUUAACUUACAUUCAAGAAGCCCGGGACUCAAAGAUGGACUUGCCUUGGCUUCCAGGGUCUUACUUCUCCAUGCUAUGUGAAGAGUUAGAAAUAUGGAGGCGCAACCUACCUGCUAACUAUGCUUUUGUUGAGCGUUACAUGUACACUUUCAGAGUCAGCCGGCAUCUCGAUAUCUUUCUCAUGAUCCAUGCGUAUUAUCACCAAUGCUGUAUCAUUCUAUUUGGCGCCUUCGUUCCCGAAGAUGUAGGCUCAAAACUUCAACGCUCUGUGGCGCAAAUUCCUCCCGAGUUCAUCCAGACUUGUUCAGAUCGGUAUGUCUCACAUGCUAGAGAUAUUCCGUUCCUGAUACAGAAGGUCUUAAAAGUCGAGCCGGAUCAUCUGUUCCGUGAUCCGUGGCUCGGUCUUUGUAUCUGGGAUUCGACAUCUGCUCUGCUCGCGUCAACUAGGUGGCAAGAAAAUAGGAAUUCUUACAGGGAUGAUAUCACGGAGUUAGUGAAGUUGAAUCUGCGAGCUCUGGAAAACUCUAUGCCAAUUAUAGUCCUGGCUAAGAAAGUCCAUGGAUUUUGUUGCGCUGCCGCCAGAGCUUAUGACAUCGAGAUUCCCAAGGAGCUUUCUGUGGAGGAUAUGGAACGGGCACCAUUCGAGCCAGGGCCGCUUAAUGCAGCUGAUGGGAUAUCUCGACGAUAUCCGUUCUUUUCCACUAUGAAAUCUCAGGAUUCACCCGAAUGGGACCAAUUAUUUCAUGCUACUAACGUCGGCAAUUACGCAGCUCCUACACGGCCAUCUGUAUCGACCCCCUCUCGACCUCUACAUUCAAUUCCCAGACUAGGUUCAUUAACAUUUCAACCUAACCAGACUCUAUCGAUUACUGAAGAGCUUUCCUACUUACACACUCCCAGUAUGCCAAUGUUGGCCUCCUGGCCUAUGGAUGAUUUCCAGUGGUGGCAAAUCCAAGAUCCAGAUAUGGAUCCAGUAGCAGUAGCAGCAAUUACUGGCCUUAUACCUUCUAUCCCAGCAGAUUAACAACUACUUUAUUACUAAUAUAAUAACUGUUAUAACUUA